AUGGUAACCACGAUUAUUUUCCGAAUUAAACCAAAAUCAGUGGAACUGAUGACUGGUGAUGGCAAGGUGCUGGCGGACUCAGCAAUCUACGGUCCACUGCUGGAGAGGGCCAAGGUCAACAUCAGUUGUACCGUGAAGGAAGGGAAACCACAGCCAAAGGUCGUGUGGUACUUCAGGAAGAGCCGAGGAGAUGAUUUGAGGGAGCUCAACGGUGAAACAGUGACUCCAGAUAACACCACAAUCACCAGGGUGCUGCCUCUCACAGUCACUCGCGAGGAGUUGGGAGGGGAACUGACUUGCGUCGUCAGCUCAGCAGCACUGGACGCUGAUAUCGUGAAGAAAGUGAAGCUUGAUGUUAGAGUACCUCCAAACAAGACGCUGAUCACGGGAGUAGGAGAGCACGCGACACAGGGCACACUUCUGACCUUGACCUGCACAGCAUCAGGGGCGCGGCCAGCAGCCAAGAUCGAGUGGUACAACGGCACGCAGAAACUGAAUGCUGAUGACCAGAAUAUUCAUAUCAGGAAACUCGGUGAAUGUCAAGAUUCCGGUAAUAAUCAGGGUAACGGGAGAAUGGGGGAGACAUUGAACUAG